CACUUAGAAAUAAAUUUACAUGAAUGCAAUCAGAUGAUAAACCACAAGAAAUGUAGUCUAGGAACUCUAAUAAAUGAGGAAGGGCUUUAUCACACCGAUAAGAAAAUCAAUCUAUCUCCACGCACCUGGCUAUUAGGCUCAUUUAACUGGGAAACUGUUUGUAGUACGAAUUGCUAUUUAUUUAACACGGAAAUAACAAUGCGCUUUGGUAAUGCGCACAUAGAAACUUUAUUAGGAGACUCAAGUCACUGUCCAUUUAAAAAUGGAAACUGCUAUUUAGAAGACAAAACUCAGAUUAUUUGGCCCAGUAAUAGUGAAAAGAAUUGCGAAUACACUCCAAUAGGAACCUGGUCAGGACAAAGGAUGGGACAGACAUGGGUCGCAGAUAAAUUACCGCUAUUGCUAGAUUUUCCAGAAGUUCCCAAAACAGUUCGAGUAUGCGAUAAAAAUUUAACAAUAUCCAACCAGGGUUUCGCAGUCCACAAAGAAAAUAAAAGAAGAAUAAAGCGAGCUAUCUCUGGUAUAGUAACAUCAGCACAACUACAAUCCGAAUUAUCAUACCUAAGUUGGAAAAUGGCCCAAACCAUGCGUGUUUCAUUCACCCAUUCGCUGCAUGCGAUUUGCAAUCACUUAGAAGAAGUCAGGCGCUGGGCAAUCUCUGCCGCGUUUACCGAUCCAACUACUUUUGCACGGGUUAUUUUUGAAAACCCUCUAAUUCAUGCGAAAAGGGUAAGCUCCGGAAUAAUCAAAAUUUGGCCAUGCGCUUCCAUCAAUCGCGACCAAUAUGAAUUUAUAACGCACGAGGAAAUAAACCUUGAAAAAGGAAUAUGUUUUGAUAAAAUUCCAAUUAAGUUCAAAGCUGGCAGUGUAAACAAAAUCGCAUUUAUUGACCCAUCAAGAAUGGAAGUUGUAGCGGACGCGAGCAAAGCCCCGUGUUUCGCAUACAGACACCAAAUAAUCCAACUUGAGGAUGAAACUCUGGAAAUAGAUCAAAUGACCGCCCAAGUAAAGAAAUUAGAAACCACUGUUUUAACAAAUUUAACAUUCCCAUCGCUUACUAUUCCAAAGAUUUCUACUCAGUCUUUCAUCAUUUAG